UGGGAGCGGUUCUACGAUGCUUCCACCGUGGAGCCUCGGCCGCCACCUGCUCGGCUAAGUUGGCGAAACAAGAACUGGUACUAGUGGGGCUGUUUCUGUUCCGGAAACUAAAUGGGAGGCUGUGUCCCUGCAGAUAAGCGUUGUGAUAAUGCGCAGGCGCAGUCCCGAGACCUAGUCAAAGCACCUCAGUCAUUGCUCAAGGGGAGAACCUCCUUGUUGGAUAAGUAUCCUGUAUCCCGAAUCUCCUGCUCAUUUAUGGUAUUCUGUGGAGUAAGUUCUUUAUGAAACUUCAGAGACAGAACAGACGUUUUUCUGGAAGACAGUUGUGGAACAGAACAACUGACAUUUUCAGGAGAAAGUUUUCAUCUACUCCCCAAACCAGUGUGGGACACUGGAUUGUCCCAGAAAUUCACACAUUUCCAUCUUAAGCCUGGAAAUGAAUCUAGGACAUGUCCUGCCGGAAGCGUGGGGAAUUGGCCCUGAUUUGGGCAGGCUUUAAGCACCUGGAACAGAAGGCAGCAUGGAUCCUGACGGCACUGAGCAAGGUCCCGAACAGACCGAGUCCUCGCCUGUGUGCGUGGGCACAGAAGUGGACCUCCAGAGACGGGAGCGGAUGACGGCUGUCGUGCAUGACAGGGAGGUGGUCAUUUUCUACCACAAAGGAGAGUACCACGCCAUGGACAUUCGCUGCUACCAUUCAGGAGGGCCUCUGCACUUGGGGGACAUAGAGGACUUUGACGGGCGACCGUGCAUAGUUUGUCCCUGGCAUAAAUACAAGAUCACUCUGGCAACAGGAGAAGGACUGUACCAGUCAAUAAACCCCAAGGAUCCCGCAGCUAAACCCAAGUGGUGCUCCAAAGGAAUAAAGCAGAGGAUUCACCUGGUGACGGUGGACCAGGGGAAGAUUUAUGUGACACUUUCCAAGGAACCUUUUAAAUGUGACUCUGACUUUUAUGCCACUGGAAAUUUCAAAGUAAUUCGGAGCUCUUUCUGACUUAAAAAAAAAAAAAGUAUGACAAGGA